GUGAAAAUAAGGUUGCAAAAAACAUCACAGUGGCAAGACGUUUCCUCUGACAGUAGAUCAAGAUCGAUCAACAUGGAAUAUGAUGUGGCUUUUGUCAGAUCUAUCAGGGGUAUGCUGAAGGUUGGCGAGCUGGUGACUGUUUUUGUAGCGCUUGUGUGUUUCGCAACAACAUCUGGGUCUUCUUACAUCGCUGCCAGCUGCAUGGAGCUGCUGAUCACGGCAGCUCUGCUCACCCUUUACAUCUUAAAACUCAACAAGAGAUUCACCUUCUUCUUCUGGCCUCUUAUUGAUGUUUUUAACUCAAUCUUUGCGGCUGCCUUCAUGUUCAUCAUCAGUACAAUCGCCAUCUCCCAUCCAACAGCCAAAGGAAUUCUGGGAGGUGGGAUAGUGGGCAUGUUGGCAACUGGCCUGUGGUGUGGUGAUGCCGUCCUGCUCUUCAGAAAGAUCACGUUCAACCAAGCGAGGACCGCGUCGCCUCCAGAAAAAUAAGGCUCGUGUUAAAAGAGGUUCUCACCACUGAUGCUAAUUGUAUAAUAAAAUGAGUGAACACA